AUGAAUUCAUAUAUUAUAGAAAAACAAAUUCCAUCAAAUUCAAUUGAAUCAACUAAACUCCUUCAUAUAUGUAGUCAAUGUACACGAACAUUUAAAGAUAUAAAUAAUUUUCGUGAACAUCUUUUUCAAGAACAUGGUGAACUUGGUGUUAAUGUUCGACAAUGUCAUCUAUGUUCAUAUGCUACUCUAUUAAAAUCCAAAUAUGAUUGUCAUAUAAGAUGUCAUUUAAAUAAUCGAGUGAUUCGAUGUCAAAAAUGCAAUUAUUCAACAAUUAAUAUCAGGUUUGUAAAAUAA